AUGAAGUUGUGGGGGAGCUCAGUGUGUCCUUUGCAAGUGGCCCUCCUUUUCGCCGUGGUGAUGUUCUGCGGUUACCCAGUGUCCGCUGGCAGUCGUAACCAUCGGGGACAGACAGCCUCCUACCAGGUGAAGCAGGGGACGUGUGAGGUGGUGGCCAUCCAUCGCUGCUGUAAUAAGAACAAGAUUGAAGAGCGCUCUCAGACCGUCAAGUGCUCCUGUUUCCCAGGCCAGGUCGCUGGCACAACCAGAACCAGGCCCUCCUGUGUGGAAGCCUCCAUCGUGAUUCAGAAGUGGUGGUGUCAGAUGAACCCCUGCAUGGAGGGAGAGGAGUGUAAGGUGCUCCCUGACCUCACAGGCUGGUCCUGCAGUACUGGGAACAAAGUCAAAACCACCAAGGUCACACGAUAGCAAGAGAAUCGCUGAGCAGCGACAUCACCAAGUCUCUCAACUGUUAACUCCAUAUGUAAAGAAAGGAUGGCAAUCAUAACUGAGACACUUAGACUGACGAUGAAGGGAAGACUGUUAGUCAUCCCAUCAUACCAAGGUGUGACAAAAACUACAGAACCAUUAAGAACACACUCUGAUUGACAGAGACACUGGGGUAAAGUGUCACACGUACAGCUCAAAACAACUAUGGACUACUGAGUUUAUGGAUACCCAGGAAGCAUACUUUAUGGAUACCCAGGGGGCAUACUUUAUGGAUACCCAGGGGGCAUACUUUAUGGAUACCCAGGGGGCAUACUUUAUGGAUACCCAGGGGGCAUACUUUAUGGAUACCCAGGGGGCAUAUUUUAUGGUCAGUAAACACUACGUCUGAAGAAUUUUGAGAAGACCAUGUCGGAAUACUUUUGCCUGUUAAUAGAGAUGGGGUAAUCCAAAGACAGGUGGUUUUGACCAGUGUCUGAGGAGUUGUAAUGGAUGGCUGUUUUGACUAAGUAUUUGUGGACAUGUGUUGCCGCCAGAGCUGCAGAAAGACUGUGUUAGAGUGUGAUUCUAGGGUUGUUGGACUGGAUCCUGAAUGACUCCAACUAGAGAGUGGAAUGUUGCUGCUCUAUCAGGAUUACUUUCUAUUCAUGAGCUGGGAGGGGGGUGGAGCUCAUCACUUGUGAAUUGCAUAUUAUUGUCAAAUGACUCUUGUGGGUCAAGUCACUACGAUGGAGAUGUUUUCUGAGAGUCAUUUUGCAGUUCUAAUUAGGGUUGCUAAGUAGGAUCAUAACAUAUAAACAAUUCAUGUAAGAUAUUUGCACUAGUUGAAAACCGUUUACGGAAUGUUUUGUUUUUCUAGUUAUUUCUCUUUUUUUUCUGUAGAUGUCACAUGAAAUUAAAGAGAGGAAGAUAUUUUGUAAAUGUUCUGCCUCUGAUGUUGAAGUAGAAAUGCCACUGCCCUUCUCCCUGGUAGAUUUGCUUAUUAUAAUACUUGUUAAUCCGUGGCUCAGAUUGAAGGGAUAGUUAACUUUGAACAUAUUUCAUUCUAUAGGUCGUUAUCAGUAAAACGUCACAAUACGGUGCAGAGCGUUCGAUUUGGCUAUGUGCUGUUUUCAAGGGAUUGUUAAAUAAAUGUUAGAACUAUUUGGUUUAAAUAUCAUCCCCUCCUGAAGAGCAUAGUCACAACUACACAUUUCCCAUGAUUCCACAUUUAGAUCUAACAUCAGAGUAGCCUAUCCAUUUGGAAAAUAACUAGCUAGCUAAGCAAACAAUAUAUCAAUCUAGCUUGCUUUGUCAGAGAUUAGGCUUUUGGAAAGAGCUUGACAUCGUCCUGGUAAAAUUGUCGGUCGGACUUACGUUACUGCCAUCACUACUAUAGAUGGCGAGCAAAUCAAAAACUAUUUGGAUAUAGCUAGCCACCUAGUUUAUCUCCUGAAAGUAAGCUUGUUAAACAGCCAUAUUGACAUGAUCUGUUAUUAGCUAGCUAGCCAAUUUGAUGUGGUUCAUCAAUCAAUGUAGCCUAUCAUGUCUGUCAGCCGCAAUUGUGAUAAAAACAAUGUUGAAGAGGGGAUAAUGUUAGCUAACUUCGCUAGGUAUGCCUACGUUGGUUGCCGGAAAAGGUACAUUAGGUGUACUUAAAACAUUAUGUUUAACAAACUGCACAAAGUCUCUACCGGGAGCUUGCAGAGUUAACAUUAUCAGCUAACAGUACAUCGGCAAAUGCAGAACCUGCAAAGGAUGGGAAAUGAACCUAAACCACUCAGACUUGUCAGGUAAAGUUCACUUUUAUAUCACUCAAAUAUCCAAUUAAUGUUAGCCAAUAUUGAGAGACAUCGUGGGGCUACCCUCUCGUUGGCUAUCUGAAAGGUAAUGAUCAAUGAAAAGCAUGCAGUUAUUGCUGUAUCAUUUUGUUGAUCUAGAGCUAAAUGUGCGCAAUUGUUUUGCAUGGAAUAAUCAGACAUUUGUA